AUGGUGGCUCAUUUCAAGGAUCACUACGACGUGGUCAUCUGUGGUGGAGGACCUGUGGGCUUGUUGACGGCCUAUGGGCUGCAACGCAUGGGCAUUGACACCUGUGUUAUCGAACGACUCGAAAAGGACAAGCUGCCCAUGUACGGCCGCGCAUGUACCGUGUUCCCCCGAACACUGGAGAUGCUCGACCAGUACGACCUCCUCACACAUCUCAGUCAGGUGGGAUUCGUGUCGAGGAGCGGUGUCAACUACGACAAGAACGGGAAAAGGGACAAUACCCGCGGCAUGCGGCACGUCUUUGACGCCAUGCAGGGCCAUACAUUCUUGGACUACAUGCUCAACAUCCGCUUGAAGUACACCGAGGACAUUAUCAAGGCCCAGUAUGAGAAACUCGGUGGACUGGUGGCCGGUGGAUGGGAGGUGGUUGGUCUGGACACCCAGAUCGAUAGUCCCGUCAAGGUUGAAGUCAAGAAUGUCAAUACGGCAGAGACAAGGACUCUUGCAGGAGAGUACCUCGUCGGCGCCGACGGUGGCCGCUCGACCGUCCGCCACUUCUCGGGUAUCUCGUCGACCACAGACAGUACGACUCUGCGCUGGAUGCGCAUCGACGGCGUCGUGGAGACCGACAUGCCCGACUCUCGCGAAGGGUUUGCCAAUCUGGAGUCUCCCACACACGGCAACGUGCUGUGGGCCGCCCUCGACCACGGCCGGACCCGGGUGGGCUUCGCCCUUUCGCGCGCCAUGAUGGAGAGAUACGGCGAGAACAUGACGCAGGAGCAGGCCGUCGAGGAGGCGAAGUUGGCCCUCAAGCCAUUCUCUCUGGAAUUCACGUGUGUGGAUUGGUAUACCGUGUACAACGUCCGCCACUCCCUCGCCGAGACCUUCGUCAAGGACCGGAUCCUCCUCGCCGGCGACGCCUGCCACAGCCACUCGUCGGGGACGGCGCAGGGCAUGAACACGGGCGUGCACGACACGGUCAACCUGACGUGGAAACUGGCCGGCGUGCUGAAGGGGUGGUACCGCGCUGAGACGGUGCUGGCCACGUACACCCGCGAACGCCGCCCCGUCGCCCAGCACCUGAUCGACCUGGACAAGACCUUCUCCGCCCUCAUAUCCGGCACCGUGCCCCCCGAGCUACGGACAGCAGCCGCCUCCUCCACGCCGCCGGACCCCGGCGCGUUGUUCGCCAAGAUGCUCGAGGACAACGUCCAGUUCAACAUCGGCUUCGGCAUCCGGUACGGCGAGAACGCGCUGAACGUGCCCACGAAGGCCGGCACGGUGCCGUGCGGCUGGCGCGCGCCGGACGUCCUGGUGCACGGGCCCGGCGCGAAGAUCCCCACGAGGCUGCACACGGUGCUGAAGAACGUGGGCGUGUUCAGCGUCGUGGUGUUCGCGGGCGACCCGCUCCGGACGGCAGACGGGGUGCGGCGUCUGCGCGAAUACCUUGACGGCGACAACGUCAACAACAGUACGAAGACACACCUUGACCACGAAACAAUCAGACUCGUAACCGUCAUCGCCGGGAACAAGCCCCAGGCCGACGAAGCCCUGGGCGUGGCCCGCUUCGGCGACGCGUACUACGACCACGACGCCGGCGCGCACGCCCGCUACGGCGCCAGCGUGGAGCGGGGCGCCGUGGUCGUCGUCCGGCCGGACGGCAUCGUGGGCUUUGCGACCACGCUCGACGACGCCGGGGGCGCGGACCUGGGUGCGUACUUUGCGAGGUUCCUCCUCGUGUGA